AUGCAGAGUCCCGAGGCUGGCGCCGACUCACCGGCUCCUGUGACCCUCCGUCCGUCGGCAGCAGCCUCAGCACCCGGGACCCAGCCCGUGCCCGCCUCGCCACAGCGGGUGUUGGUCCAGGCCACGGGCUCAGCCCCCAAAGGGGCCCAGAUGCAGCCCCUCUCCCUCCCCAGAGCGCAGCAGGUGCCGCAGCAGGUGCCGUCGGUCCAGCACGUCUACCCGGCCCAAGUGCAGUACGUGGAGGGCGGGGACACCGUCUACACCAACGGAGCCAUACGGACAGCUUAUGCCUACAACCCGGAGCCCCAGCUGUAUGCCCCCAGCAGCGCCGCGUCCUACUUUGAGGCUGCAGGUGGCGCCCAGGUGACCGUGGCAGCCUCAUCCCCGCCGGCAGUCCCCUCCCACAGCAUGGUGGGCAUCGCCAUGGACGUCACCGGGACCCCCAUCGUCUCCAGCACGGGCGCCUAUUUCAUCCAUGGGGGCAUGGGCGGCAGCACGCACUCCCUGGCGCACACCUCUCGGUCGUCCCCAGCCACGCUUGAAAUGGCGAUUGAAAACCUCCAAAAAAGUGAAGGGAUUACAUCACACAAAAGCGGUUUACUCAACAGCCAUCUCCAGUGGCUGCUGGAGAACUACGAGACGGCCGAGGGCGUGAGCCUCCCCCGGAGCUCCCUGUACAACCACUACUUGCGACACUGCCAGGAACACAAGCUGGACCCCGUCAACGCCGCCUCCUUCGGGAAGCUCAUCCGCUCGGUGUUCAUGGGCCUGCGGACGCGGCGCCUGGGAACCAGGGGCAACUCCAAGUAUCACUACUACGGGAUCCGCCUGAAGCCAGACUCGCCGCUGAACGGGCUGCAGGAGGACACACAGUACAUGGCCAUGCGGCAGCAGCCCGUGCACCAGAAGCCCAGGUACCGGCCAGCCCAGAAGAUGGACAGCCUCGGGGACAGCAGCGCCAGCAGCAGCCUGCACAGCACGCCAGAGCAGGCCAUGGCCGCCCAGAGCCAGCACCACCAGCAGUACAUAGAUGUCUCCCACGUCUUCCCAGAGUUCCCGGCCCUGGAGCUAGGCAACGUGCUGCUGCAGGGGGACCUUACACUGCACGACGUCAAGGUCCUGCAGCUGGCCUACAGGCGGCACUGCGAGGCCACGCUGGAUGUCGUGAUGAGCCUGCAGUUCCACUACGUCGAGAAGCUCUGGUUCGCCUUCUGGAGCUCAAAGGCCACCAGUGACAGUCCCACCCCCGUACCUGCCAGUGAAGAAGAGCCUGAAGUGGCCACCAUCCCAAAGGACAAGCUCAUUUCUCUGUGCAAAUACGAGCCUAUCCUGAAGUGGAUGCGGAGCUGCGACCACAUCCUGUACCAGGCGCUGGUGGAGACACUCAUCCCCGACGUGCUGCGGCCUGUGCCCAGUACCUUGACACAGGCCAUCCGUAAUUUCGCCAAGAGUUUAGAAGGCUGGUUGACAAAUGCCAUGAGUGACUUUCCCCAGAAGGUCAUCCAGACCAAGGUGGGCGUGGUCAGCGCCUUAGCCCAGACGCUGCGCAGGUACACGUCGCUCAACCACCUGGCGCAGGCGGCGCGGGCGGUGCUGCAGAACACGUCCCAGAUCAACCAGAUGCUCAGCGACCUCAACCGCGUGGACUUUGCCAACGUGCAGGAGCAAGCCUCGUGGGUGUGUCAGUGCGAGGAGAGCCUGGUGCAGCAGCUGGAGCACGAUUUCAAGCUGACCCUGCAGCAGCAGAGCUCCCUGGACCAGUGGGCCAGCUGGCUGGACAACGUGGUCACGCAGGUCCUGAAGCAGCAUGCCGGCAGCCCCAGCUUCCCCAAGGCCGCUCGCCAGUUCCUGCUGAAGUGGUCCUUCUACAGCUCCAUGGUGAUCCGGGACUUGACCCUGCGCAGCGCCGCCAGCUUUGGCUCCUUCCACCUGAUCCGCCUGCUUUAUGACGAGUACAUGUUCUACCUGGUGGAGCACCGGGUGGCCGAAGCCACUGGGGAGACGCCCAUCGCCGUGAUGGGAGAGUUCAACGACCUGACCUCCCUGUCACUGACGCUGCUGGACAAAGAUGACAUCGGGGACGAUCAGGGAAGCGAGGCCCACUCGGACACGCGCUGCCUGAGUGAACCCCCAGUGAAGCGUGAACGCAGCGACCCCAGCCACACCCUGGCAGACAUCUGA